UCCCAGUGGACGGAGUUUACUCUGACUAACAGCAGCCGAAAAGUGGAGAGGACCUGACAAGGACCUGAAGGAGCAAAAAAGGGACACGAGACAGGUUUACAAAGAGGCGCGAGCUGACCGGAAGCGGCAGAUGAAAUAAAAGCAGCAAACCUGCUGUGAAAACGGUCCAGAGUCAAACUUCACUUUAUCUCCAGAGGAAGAGAGGGAUUUAAGUCAAAAGGACAAAAAUCCAUUGUAGAUGGACAAAGUGACGAUAUCAUAAAGGACACAUAGUAUAACCUGUGUCCUCUGCCUGGAUAUCCCCUCAUUCACUGUACAGCACCUCUCAGAGAUGGAUGUGGCGGCCGAUCAGCCCCGCUGGAUGCCCCACCACGCCGUGCUGAACGGACAGCACCCGGACUCCCACCACCCCAGCCUGGGACACAACUAUAUGGAGCCCACGGCGCAGCUGCUGCCUCCGGAUGAGGUGGAUGUUUUCUUUAAUCACCUGGACUCACAGGGAAACCCAUACUACCACAACUCCGCCCGGGCCAGGGUGUCCUACAGCCAAGCGCACGCUCGACUGACGGGAACCCAGGUCUGCCGGCCUCAGAUCCUUCACAGCCCUGGGAUUUCAUGGCUGGACGGAGGGAAAGCAGCCCUGCCAGGCCUCCACCACCACAACGCCUGGGCCGUCAGCCCCUUCAGUAAGCCCAGCCUGCACCAUCCAGGCUCCGCGUCCCCCGGCGGCCUCUCGGCGGUCUACCCGUGCAGCAGCACCUCAAACACUGUCUCAGCCUCGUCGUUAACCCCGCCGUCCCAUUCCAGCCCGUCCCUGUACACAUUUCCGCCCACGCCGCCAAAGGACGUAUCACCAGACCCCGGGACAGCGUCUCCCUCAGCCAGCAGGUUGGACGAGAAGGAAUCUAUCAAAUACCAGGUGACGUUACCGGAGGGGAUGAAGAUGGAGGGCUCGUCUCCCCUGAGGAGCGGCUUGGCCUCCAUGAGCGCUCAGGCCCCUUCCACCCACCACCCCAUACCGACCUAUCCUUACUCUCUCCCGGCGGCGCAUGAGUACGGCGGGGGUCUGUUUUACAGCAGCCUGCCGGGAGCUUCACCCAGCUUCUCCCAGAAGAACAAGGGCAAGACACGUUCCUGCACUGAGGGCCGUGAGUGUGUGAACUGCGGAGCAACCUCGACCCCUCUGUGGAGACGUGACAGCACGGGACACUACCUGUGCAAUGCCUGCGGCCUGUACCACAAGAUGAAUGGACAGAACAGACCGCUCAUCAAACCCAAACGCAGACUGUCUGCUGCCAGACGAGCAGGCACCUGUUGUGCUAACUGCCAGACGACCACCACCACGCUCUGGAGGCGCAACGCAAAUGGAGACCCUGUGUGCAACGCCUGCGGCCUCUACUACAAACUGCAUAAUGUGAACCGACCUCUGACGAUGAAAAAAGAGGGAAUACAGACACGUAACCGAAAAAUGUCCAACAAAUCUAAAAAGAGCAAGAGGUGCAGCGACAGCUACGAGGAGUUCUCCAAAAGCCUCCACGACAAGAGCUCUCCCUUCAGCGCUGCCUCGUUGGCCGGACACAUGUCCAUGAGCCACCUGCCACCUUUCAGCCACACAGGACACAUGCUCCCCACGCCCACCCCGCUGCACCCGUCCUUUGGACACCCACACCACUCUAACAUGGUGACAGCCAUGGGCUGAGAGGACGAGGAGGGCUCUUAAUGUACAAGAAUGCCAGGGAACUUUUCCCUGAUUGAGAACAGAUGCAUUGUGGGAGGAAAGGACCUUUUACUCUUUAUCUAUAGGUACAUACUCUGUUGGAGGAAGACAGAGAGAAAUUCUCCUUCCUGUCAGCCAGCCACACACAAGUAGACACAAAACCUUGUAGUUUUACACCACUGCUGUGGUUCAGUUUGUGCUCAACAGCUUUGUAAUGAACUGUGAAUAAUGUAAAUAUGUGAGUCUGAAGGGGACGCCCAGACUGAGAAAUCCCCUUCACAACUUUAAAAGUUAAAUAUGCUGGAUUUUUUUUGGCUUAUGGACAAUUUUAAGUUUCAACAAGAAACAAGCAAACAAAAAAGGUUUAUGAUUAAAUUUGAUGACACUGUUUAUUAUAAUUAUUGUUAUUAUUAUAAUUAUUAUUAUUAAGAUAAUUUAUUUUCACUGCCUCUCUUUUCUCUGACUAUAUCACCUGAAUCAUACUAUGGAUACUGUUACAACAGUUACCAAUCUAUUUUUAGCUGAAGCUUUCUCUGAGCUGGUCAACAUUUAUACUCAUAAGAAAUAAAGAGAUCAAGUUCAUUAUUGCAUCUGCUCCUUCUAUUUAAUAUCCACAAUUGAAUAAAUACAAAGUCAUAAAAACAACAAAUACAGGAAUUUAUAUGUGCGGUGUUUGUCUUAAGCAUGUCCCUGUCUAUCAGUUCAUUCCAGUGCCCAGAUUCCACUGCACACGUGUUUGAAUGAGACCUGCAUCAGACUCCAGUAUUGAUGUAAAUGGAUCCACAUUUGAGAGUGGCCCCGAUCUGAUUUUAAAAGACCAGAUUCCAGGUAACUCGAUUUACUCAAACUGCUAUAAAAAUCAGAUCUGGGUUACAUAAGAGCAAAAAUCAGAGUCAGGUCAUCUUGGAUUACAGUGUGAAUGUAACAAAUGAGAAAUUAAAUACCUAGUGUGGGCUCUUGAUUGUAAAUCCUACAUGUUGUAAAUCAAUUCAGAAAGGCAAAUUAAACAGCUGUUUUUAUGUUAUUAAGAGGUCUUACAAUUUCUGUGAUCUUGUAGCUGUCCUGUGACAUGGGUUUUGUGAAUCCAGCAGAUUUAGAAUGUCUGUUAUAGAGACACUCCCAGUAGGGUAUGGUGAAUCAGUGCUAUUGUACGGGGCAAAACUGUGGCAUAUACAGAGCAUGUGCAAACAAAAGCUGUAAAAAACACCCAGACAUUUAAAUCCUACAAUUUUAAGCUAAAUCAUCAGCCAUACUUCUGUGUUUUCUUUUUUAAUUUUAAUAACUAUCCAAGAUUCAUCUUUUAUUUCAUUUAAUGCUCUUUUGUUUAUAUACAUCCCUGAAUAUCUCUGGAGCAACAAAUUAAAGGAACAGUUCCACAUUUUAACAAACAGUGACAGAACAUGAUUUCCUGGGGAUUUGUUAUAAAGACACCUUAGCUUAACAAAGAGACUGAAAACAGUGGAGGAUUGUUCUAUCAAAAUGUAAAGAUAAAACAAUGAUGUUCUUUUGACUUCCUUCCCAUAACAUCCUAAAGUCCCAGAAGAAAGCAGGUGUAAGAUUGUCAGAAGUCUUGAUUGUCAUUUCAAUCAUUUUUGAUACUUUGUGUUUUGGGUUUUUAAAGAUGCUUUUUAAGGCCUUUAUUUUGAGAGGAGAGUGGAAAAAGUUGAGAUAUGCAGGAAAGGACCCACAGGCCGGACUUGAACCCAGGCCACCAGCAUGCAUGGGGCACAACCUAACCACUAGACCAUCUCUGCCUCAGAAUUUUGUGUUUUAAAACAAUACCACCCAUUUUUAACAAAAAAAAACAAAAAAAAAACAGUCCUUUUUACCAAAACCUAAAAACCUACACUAAGCUGUGAAAAAGGGUACAGAAACAUUUGCAAUAUUUUUGUGCAGUUUAGUGUGUAGGAGUUUACAUGCAAAUUUUGAUGACUGCAAAGUUUUCAAUAUUGGGCCCAAAUGCUUAUUUCAGUCAGGACCACUUUGUCAAGAAACACAGGAUUUGUGGCUAUAAAUAUUUCUUUAUUAGCAGAUAUUAAUUAGCACAUAAGCUGCCAUUCAUGUUUGGUGGUGUUGCUGUUGGGAUUCCCCAGUCCUUCCAUGAAUCAAGCAGGAACAGCACACGCUCCCGUUCCUUCUAUGCUGAUGAGGAAAGCUCGAGGCAGGGAGAGAAGCAGCAAAAGCCCAGUGCAGAGCAGAGCAAGCAUCAUUGAUUAAGUCAGGAGCAGAAUAAAGGAGGAGCUGGGGUGGAGGAGGGUUGCAGUGAGAGCGGCAGAGCUUAGCCGAGCAAGAGCAGUUUAAAUGAGAGCAAUUAGCCAGUUUAAAGCAAAUCAGCUGGCUUUCAGCCAAUGAUGACUUGAGUGAGAUGAGCAGAUCUCAAUUAUGGUAGCACUUGACUCGGUGGCCCACUGAACUAACAGUAUAUGCUUUAUAUUAGUCAUUUCUUUGGAAUCAAAACAGAUAUUGAAAUUGUUUAAUAUUUACAAAGCUUAAACUCUUGCACUGCAACAGCUCUACACAGGUGCUAGUGGUUAAUAGCUUUUUUAUGAUAAUCUGAGCUAACUGGUUAGCAUCAUACUGACCAUACAGACUUGAGAGUAGUCAGAAUCUUUACUGCCCGGAGUGAAUUAUUAGCUGAACAGAUUUUGUGCUAAUAGCCACAGAUCACCAAUACAAAAGGGGCUGAUGCAACAAAAUAGGGCCUGGUGUCAGCUAGAGAGGGAAACACUUUUUCUUUCAUCUUUAUCAUUAGUUUUGAUCAACACCUCCCCAUCCUGCCAGAUUCAGAGAAUUCAUGCUUGAUUCUUGUUACCUGUAUGAUAAAUGUAAAUAACUGUUGGCUGCUGCUGCUGAUUGACAA